GAUAGUCCUGCUUUAUCAGCACCUGCAUUGGAUAUUUUUUUUGCGGGGAUCGAUCAAGAUCAACAAUGUUCGAAAUCGGAGGAGUUCACGUCGUUCUACUUGACCUGACCUGCAUGGUACUCGCUGCUUUGCCAUUUGCUGUACUCACUCCACGGCACAAUCCAUUCAAAAGAGGAUUCUUUUGCAGCGACGACUCGAUCAGAUACCCCUUCCGCGAGGACACCAUAUCAUAUCAAUUACUGGCUGGAAUAAUGGUGCCGUUGACUGUACUUGUUAUUGUCUCUGGGGAGUGUCUGUCAAUCUACCUGAAACCUAUCAAGGCCAAACAGUCGUUUGCCAAUAGCUAUGGACCAUGCUUGUAUAAGGCGGUGUCAACCUUCCUGUUUGGUGCCGCCGUUAGCCAGUCGCUGACAGACAUUGCCAAGUACACGGUGGGCAGACUCAGGCCGCACUUCCUGGAUGUGUGCAAGCCUCAGUGGAACACUGUGGACUGUAAAUCGGGAGGAUACAUUGAAAGCUUUACCUGCACCGGAGAUAAAGUUAUGGUCAACGAGAGCCGGCUUUCCUUCUACUCUGGGCACUCUUCCUUCUCCAUGUACUGCAUGGUGUUUUUAGCACUAUACCUGCAGGCAAGACUCCAGAUGGAAUGGUCUCGGCUGCUCCGGCCCACCGUCCAGUUUUUCCUGAUUGCCUCCUCCCUGUAUGUGGGCCUGUCGCGCAUCUCGGACUACAAGCACCACUGGAGCGAUGUGGUUGUGGGGUUCCUUCAGGGUGCCGUAGUGGCGGUGUUGAUUGUAUUUUCUGUGGCAGAUUUCUUUCGGAGGCCAGCAGGAAUAGAAGAGGAGCAGGAGAUUUCUCACACCAGUCUACAAGACACUGCAUCCAAUGGGAACCACUAUGGCAGCACAGAUUGACAUAUGGACUAGGCAAGAGGUGGGCAAAGUCAUGCCCGGAGGCCACACGCCGCCUGCUGAGCCAUUUGAUCUGGCCUGCAGAGACUUUACAAAAAAGACAGAGUUUGUGUGAUCCUCUCAGUCAAGAUAGGGGUCUUGCGGAUUUGAGAUUAACCAAGUACAUACUGUAGACCUUGGCUAUUGUGUUCAUCUAAAUACAUUUCAGAGACUAUGGGAAGCCCUUACAGAAUGUUCCCUUCUGUCCAUACCAAAUAUUUGACAAUGUUCAGCUCAACAACUUUUGCCAAAGUGUUUUGGAUUUGUAAUUAUGUUUUACGUGUUAAAUACUGUAUCUCAUUUACUAUUGCUGCUGAUUAAGACCUGUUGAUGAUGACAUUACAGGGAUUGUGUGUGUGCGCAUGUGUGCGUGCGUGCGUGCGGGUGUGAGUGUGAGUGAGUGAGAAAGAGAGAGAUUAUAAAAUCUUUUCAAUACUCAUUUUUUCAUAUACUUAUUUUAAAACAUUGUGAACUGACCAAGUAAAUGUGUGCAAAGCUUAUUUAUUAUUAUUAUACUGGCGAAUUAGCUUUAUCAUAAUGGUAAAAUUA